AUGUCUUUCAAUUCUCGUACUCGUAAUUGGAAAGUUACGGAAGGAGAUCCAUCAUUUUGCAAUGAAAACAACAUAAAAAACUCUGGACAAUUUCGAAAUCAGACCAAGCGUCUUAAUACAUAUGCAAAAAAAUUCAUUAUUGGCCCACCAUUGAUUACAAGAUUUGGCUUUUAUGAAUCGCUAUUGGUUUGA